GACACAACCGGGAGGAGCCCUCUAUCUUACGCUGUGAAGUUGGGGCACGAGGCUAUGGCUAAGCUUCUUAUUAACAUGGGAGCGUCAAUUGAAGCUAUGAAAAGUUUGGGACAAACACCCCUUCAUCGAGCAGCUAUCAAUGGCCGCAAGAAAGUAGCAGCGCUGCUACUCGAGAAGGGAGCAUUUGCUAAUUGCUUAGACAAGCUCGGAAAAUCUCCCCUUCCUUAUGCUGCUAAAAGUGGCCAUGAGACACUUCUUGAGAAGGGGUCAUCUAUUGACAAUACGGACAAGGAUCGACAAACGCCCCUCUAUCUAGCAGCUAAUAAUGGCCAUACGCCAGUGAUAAAGUUGCUGAUUUCAAACGAAGCUUGUCUUGAUAUAAAGGACAAGCAUGGGCAACUACCUACUCAUCUAGCGGCCAACUACGGGAGUCGGUUUGAUGUCGAAGUCUUGCUUCGAAAUGGCGCC